AUGAAAAUCGUUGAUAGAAUACUAAACCACAAGGAAAAAAUCGUGAAAAAUAUGAGUCGAAUUAAAAGGAUUCUAUUUGUAAUCGCCACGCUCGCAUUGUUCUUCCUAAUCCCGUUCAAAAACACCGUAUACAACAAGGACUCAGGGUAUGCACACAUAACAGAUCUUGACAACGUAUAUUUUGAUAAGAAUGUGUACGACGAGUUUGUGAAAGUUGAGAGUCUUCUUAUUUUCGAGUCACGACCGAGCAAAUCGCUAUGUGAAACGAUAAUCGUGUAUGGUCGGAAGAAAGACAUGUUUUUCUUCGUAAGGCUUGCCUCUUCAAUCAAAAAAAUGUUUUGUAGGCGAAAAAACGUGAAAAUAAUUCUGAGCGAUAGCCACUACGAAAUGGCUACACCGUCAUAUUUCUGCGAAAUACACUUAGAUUUUGGUGACAAAGCAAUGGUUCAAAACAACUUUAUGAGGCACCUGUCACCAAACUCCGACUUCUUUUUCAUCACAUCGCAUUUUUUUGUGCCAAGGCUACAUUUCAAUUUUUCUGACGUUUUGUUCAACGAGUUUAACUAUCGAAAUGUCAACCGGGUGUAUAUAACGAUGGAAAAGGACAUGGGCUCGACAAAACGGUUUUUAACCUAUCUGAGAUCACUGUUCAACAUGGAUUCUCAUUUAUUCGGUACCUACUAUUAUUUCACGCUCGGUGAUCUUUAUUGGGGAAUGGAAAACUUUGGCCCCUUCGCAUUUUUCACCUCGUUUUACUAUUUUGUUGACAUUUUCUACAGACCUUACCAAAGAAGGCAGCCAUGGACAUUGCUGUACUUUAUUUCUCCGCUUUUCUCGGUUUUUUUCCUCAGCGACGAAGGCGUAAGCCUUUCUAUAAAUGUUGCCUUCUUUUUCAUUAUUAACUUCAAGGUGGGCAUAUUUUUCGUCUUACUUGCAUACCUGAAGGCAGCGAAGGAAGUUCUUUAUUCUAUGCAUAUCAAGUAAAUGGAAUUGUGGAGUAUCCAUUGAAUCAUUCUAGUUGUGCUGACAGGCUACAAUUUACAGGUGUUCAUCUUUUGGCGGUAAAUUUUACCGCUCUGUAUGGGUUGUUGAAUGAGUCAUCGAUCUGCGAUUACACAUACAAAAUGCCGUACGAACUAAACAAAUGACAAGUAUAUGGUUAAGUAUACUUCCUUCUGCAUCCUAAAGCAGUAAGCUACACUAAAAAGAUAAAAAAGGCGUUACCUACUUUUUCUGACAAGUGUUAGUGCUCAAUAAGACGGUUCAAUACUUCGAUGCCCGUAUCAUUCGCUUUCCACAAUAACAAUCAUUUUCUCAUCGUGUAAUUUCAUUACAAAAUAGUAUUUUGGUGCUUCUAUUCAUCGAUGACAAAGAGUAGCUCACCGCAGCACAUCACAAAUUUACCUCAAAUACUUUUACUUUUUACGCAUCAC